GAGGCGGCCUGCAGGUCAUCCGCUCUCUUCCCCGGUUUAAUUGCUGGAUCCCCCGGGACCCCACCGCGCGCCGCCUGGAGGCCGAGGGCGCGGGGCCGAGGCGCGCAGCAUGGAGUGGGGUUACCUGUUGGAAGUGACCUCGCUGCUGGCCGCCUUGGCGCUGCUGCAGCGCUCGAGCGGCGCAGCGGCCGCCUCGGCCAAGGAACUGGCGUGCCAAGAGAUCACCGUGCCGCUGUGCAAGGGCAUUGGCUACAACUACACCUACAUGCCCAACCAGUUCAACCACGACACGCAGGACGAGGCGGGCCUGGAGGUGCACCAGUUCUGGCCGCUGGUGGAGAUCCAGUGCUCCCCCGAUCUCAAGUUCUUUCUGUGCAGCAUGUACACGCCCAUCUGCCUGGAAGACUACAAGAAGCCACUGCCGCCCUGCCGCUCGGUGUGCGAGCGCGCCAAGGCCGGCUGCGCGCCGCUCAUGCGCCAGUACGGUUUCGCCUGGCCGGACCGCAUGCGCUGCGACCGGCUGCCGGAGCAGGGCAACCCUGACACGCUGUGUAUGGACUACAACCGCACCGACCUCACCACGGCCGCACCCAGCCCGCCGCGCCGCCUGCCGCCGCCGCCACCUGGCGAGCAGCCACCUUCCGGCAACGGCCACGGCCGCCCGCCGGGGGCCAGGCCCCCGCAUCGCGGCAGCGGCGGCAGGGGCGGUGGCGGCGGGGACGCGGCGGCGCCCCCAGCGCGCGGCGGCGGCGUGAAGGCUAGGCCCCCUGGCGGUGGCGCGGCUCCCUGCGAACCAGGGUGCCAGUGCCGCGCGCCCAUGGUGAGCGUGUCCAGCGAGCGACACCCGCUCUACAACCGCGUCAAGACAGGCCAGAUAGCCAACUGCGCGCUGCCCUGCCACAAUCCCUUCUUCAGCCAGGACGAGCGCGCCUUCACUGUUUUCUGGAUCGGCCUGUGGUCGGUGCUGUGCUUCGUGUCCACCUUCGCCACUGUCUCCACCUUCCUCAUCGACAUGGAGCGUUUCAAGUACCCGGAACGGCCUAUCAUCUUCCUCUCUGCCUGCUACCUCUUCGUGUCGGUCGGCUACCUGGUGCGCCUGGUGGCGGGUCACGAGAAGGUGGCUUGCAGCGGCGGCGCGCCGGGCGCGGGCGGCGCAGGGGGCGCGGGCGGCGCGGCGGCAGCAGCGAGCGCGGGCGCGGCGGGCGCGGGAGCGAGCGGCCCGGGAGGGCGCGGCGAGUACGAGGAGCUGGGCGCAGUGGAGCAGCACGUGCGCUACGAGACCACCGGCCCCGCGCUGUGCACCGUGGUCUUCCUGCUCGUCUACUUCUUCGGCAUGGCCAGCUCCAUCUGGUGGGUGAUCCUGUCGCUCACAUGGUUCCUGGCGGCUGGCAUGAAGUGGGGCAACGAAGCCAUUGCGGGUUACUCCCAGUACUUCCACCUGGCCGCGUGGCUGGUGCCCAGCGUCAAGUCCAUCGCGGUGUUGGCGCUCAGCUCGGUGGACGGUGACCCAGUGGCGGGCAUCUGCUAUGUAGGCAACCAGAGCCUCGACAACCUGCGCGGCUUCGUGUUGGCACCGCUUGUCAUCUACCUCUUCAUCGGCACCAUGUUUCUGCUGGCGGGCUUCGUGUCGCUCUUUCGCAUCCGCUCGGUUAUCAAGCAGCAGGGUGGCCCCACCAAAACGCACAAGCUGGAGAAGCUCAUGAUCCGCCUGGGCCUCUUCACCGUGCUCUACACUGUCCCCGCCGCCGUCGUGGUCGCCUGCCUCUUCUAUGAGCAGCACAACCGGCCGCGCUGGGAGGCCACGCACAACUGCCCGUGCCUGCGGGACCUGCAGCCCGACCAGGCGCGCAGGCCCGACUAUGCCGUCUUCAUGCUCAAGUACUUCAUGUGCCUCGUGGUGGGCAUCACUUCGGGCGUGUGGGUCUGGUCAGGCAAGACGCUGGAGUCCUGGCGUGCCCUGUGCACCCGCUGCUGCUGGGCCAGCAAGGGCGCUGCGGUGGGUGGGGGUGCGGGCGCUGUGGCCGCGGGGGGCGGCAGCGGGCCCGGGGGCGGUGGCAGUGCUGGGCCCGGCGCGGGUCCGGGGGGCGGCGGGGGCUCCCUCUACAGCGACGUCAGCACCGGCCUGACGUGGCGGUCUGGCACGGCCAGCUCCGUGUCUUAUCCAAAGCAGAUGCCAUUGUCCCAGGUGUGAGCCUAGGGGAGGGACGCCCAGAAGGGGCGGAG